UUCCACGUCUCCUCCCUACUCGGUCUCCUCCCUUCCACUCCCCCUGCCCGGGGCUGCCUGCUCGGCUGCCUGCCUGCUCGCCUGACAUCACGGUUCCAGCUCCGCUCGGGGUUGGAAAGGAGAGAGCCUGCACCUCUUACAGUGCUUUUGUGCAGGAGCAAGAGAUGCUUGGAGCUUCCCUCUCACUGCCCUCCUACCCCUAGCCCACCUAAUCCGGGCUUGGGACAGCCUCGCGUCCGGAGGGAGGUCACAACUUUCCGCAGGAGUAGAGCGCACCGCUGGGGCACCUCAAAAGGAAAGGGACAGAAGCCCCCAGGAACUUCACAAACUUCUUGGGGGCACACCAGAGGGAAGGCAGCAGCCACAGCCCAGAGGACAAUGUAGAGUCGCCAGCUACUGAACAAAACUCUGCCCUCACUUCUCUUCACCUUACCUCGGACCUCUAACCGGGCAUGGGGGCUGGAUGCUGCGCUUCAUCCCGGGACAGAAUGGGCUGGUGCUCCAGGUCUUUGGCUUAGCCCCUGGGGUGCCAACCCCACGGGACCGCCCCCUUCUCCAGCCCCCGCUGCAGGAGGUCCUGCUUUUAACUCCAGAUUGUCCCGCAGAAAGGCGGCAGGGCUGGCACUCGCAGCCCCUCCCUGGCAAUUGCCUUUGGACUACUCCAGUCCUAUGCUAUGGAUAGCCCAGAGCCCUACUCUGUGCAGGCCACGGCAGCCAUUGCAGCUGUCAUCACCUUUCUCAUCCUUUUCACUAUCUUUGGCAAUGCCCUAGUCAUCCUGGCCGUGUUGACUAGCCGCUCUCUUCGAGCCCCACAGAACUUGUUCCUGGUUUCCCUGGCUGCAGCCGACAUCUUGGUGGCCACCCUCAUCAUACCCUUCUCCCUGGCCAAUGAACUGCUGGGAUACUGGUACUUCCGACACACCUGGUGUGAGGUCUACCUGGCCUUGGAUGUCCUUUUCUGUACCUCCUCCAUCGUGCACCUGUGUGCCAUCAGUCUGGACCGCUACUGGUCAGUGAGCCGGGCCCUGGAGUACAACUCCAAGAGGACCCCCCGCCGGAUUAAGGGCAUCAUUCUCACUGUCUGGCUCAUUGCCGCCUUUAUCUCACUGCCCCCCCUCAUCUACAAGGGUGACAAGGACAAGAAACCUGGAGGCCGACCCCAGUGUAAGCUUAACGAGGAGGCUUGGUACAUCCUGUCCUCCAGCAUUGGUUCCUUCUUUGCACCCUGCCUCAUCAUGAUCCUGGUCUACUUGCGGAUCUACCUGAUUGCCAAGCGCCGUAACCGCCAGGGGCCCCAUGGCAAACGGGCCCCUGGGGAUGGGGACACUGGGCCCUCUGGUCCUGGUGGGGCAUCUGCGAUAUCCAAGCUGCCACCCUCUGUUCUCCCAGCUGUGGGUGAAGCCAAUGGGCAUUCCAAGCCUCCCGGGGAGAGAGAGGGAGGGGAACCGAUCGGAGAUCCAACGCCACCUUCUACGCCUCCCAACCAGAGCUCCGUGGGGCCGGAGGAUGGCAAUCACAGGCGGGAGGAGGAGGAGGAGGAGGAAGAAGAGGAAGAGGAAGAAGAGUGUGGGCCUCCAGCCCUUCCAACUUCCUCCUCUCCCCAAGGAACCUCAAACUUUCAACCUCCCCAGGGCUCCCAGAUACUGGCUACACUCCGGGGCCAGGUACUCUUGGCCCGCCAACCUGCUUCUCUGGGGCUGCAGCCAUGGAGACGAAGGACCCAGAUGAACCGAGAAAAACGCUUCACCUUUGUGCUGGCCGUAGUGAUCGGAGUCUUCGUCCUCUGCUGGUUUCCUUUCUUCUUCAGUUAUAGCCUAGGAGCCAUCUGCCCCCAGCAUUGCAAGGUCCCUCAUGGCCUUUUUCAGUUUUUCUUCUGGAUUGGUUAUUGCAACAGUUCCCUCAACCCUGUCAUCUAUACAAUUUUCAACCAGGAUUUCCGCAGGGCCUUCCGUAGGAUCCUUUGCCGCCAAUGGACUCAGACAGCUUGGUGAAUUGGGGGAUCCAGUUAGGGUCCUUGAGCCUGCCCUGUUUUAUAGAGUGGAGCCAUCAGGCUGGGUAGCUCCCAGUGGCCUUUUCUCUCUACCUGGUACUGAUUGUAGCUCUAAGCUCUUUAAAUCCUCCUCUUCUUGAUCAGUUAGGGAGCCUGCUGAGGAGAGUAUUACGUGUGAAUGAGUGUGUGUUUGUGAGUGUGUGUGUAUGUGUCCUGGAGCAUAAUUUUAUUUUUCCAGAACUUGGUGGGUUGGAGCAUUUGCCUUCCAUCCUGUGCAGAGGGUGAGGCAAAGUGAGAGCAGGAUCAGAGGCCAAAUCCUGGAGAAGACCUCACAAUGACAGAGAGAUGGCUUUUUUUCCCUCAGCCCUGCAGUCCCCAAUCAAACUGGGUACCUUUCCCUUCUCAGGAAACCUGGCUUCUUCAAUCUGCCUUGCCCGAGUUCCUGGGGAGGGCACUUACCUGGGAAUGUUUCCAAAGAGCAAGGAAAGCCAGACUUAAACAUUUCCAGGGAAGGCAAGUAUCUGAGGUGGCAAUGGAGCCAUAGCCUCCCUCCCCAACGGUACCCACUGCCUUGCAGGGCUCUGAGAAUUAUUGGCAGUUUUGUAUCCUGGCACUUCCCUUUGGGUUGGGGCUCCUUUUCAGGAAGAGUCUCUGCUUUGUUCCCUUGACUAGCUCCCAUGUGGGAGUCAAUAUGCCCUGCCUCUGCUUCACCCGGUGAGCCUGGAUCACAGGCAUUUCCCUACUCGCUGCCUCAGUCUCCCCCCUCUGCAAAAACCAGGGCAACAAUAGCUUGCCGCCUACUCACAGCAAGAAGAUGAAAGGGUUUGCAAAAAGCUUUGAGCUCCGUGGGGGAAGGCUCUAGAGAAAUAGAAAGGUACCCGGUUUGAUUGGGGACUGCAAGGCUGAGGAAAUGUGAUUAUCCGGUAAUAUAAAAAAAUCUCCUUUUCUCUGUGUUUACCACCACCUGUCUUCCUUUGGAAUUUAGUUCUGUGCCUGUGUUGUAUGAAUUUCUACCCCAAACCUGGAAGCCAAGAGAAAGAGAAGAGUGUGGCUCCUUCUUUUAAAGGGUUUCAUUGAAAAUAUGCUCCUCCUGCCUCCAAAGGUUUGAGUUAUUAUUUUGCAUGACAACUUCUUGACAUUUCACCUGAACACUAGGAGUUUCUUGUGCUGCCUUCUGUCCCCCGACACUGGAUAAGUCUUUUGUCAUGAGCCAGGAAAAUUAUUUCCCCCAAGAUGGCUAAAAAUACCCUGUCUGUGGGAACAAGCUAAGAGGGAUGGAUGAUAGAUGGGUGUCAGAGAUUUCAGGGGAAUGGGGGUUGUGCGUCGGACGGGGCUGUUGUAGGAGCAGGUGAGGGGAGCUCUGCAUUUCUCGUGGAAGUGCUAGGGAAGUCGGGAUGCCCUGGCUUGGGAACCUCACCGUUUUGACCUCAGGGUGUACAUGAGGAUCAGCGCCAUUAGAGACUGAAUUUCCAGAUUCCACACCUUAGAGCAGCUUAUCAUCUGGCUCCUUCCCGGUCUCUGAAUGUGGUGUCUGGUACAACUGAGAAUAUAUGAAUGAUAUUCCCAGUACCCUCCCAGGGGAAUGUCUGGCCAUAUGCCUAUGAUACAGUAGUAAUGGAAAGUGGAGCCCACUGGACUAUUCAGUUCCUAGAUAGGUGUGGGCAGUGCUGUAGGCCUGAUUGCCUUCUAGCACUCCUGGGGUCCUGACCUCAGACUGGUACCUCUAGGGAGCUUUGAUUUUGGUGAAGAGAAGAGAGGAAGUGAGGAGGGUCCCUGGUUUAGCAAUCGGGGGGGUGGGGGGGUGGGAGGGCUAGAUAAAUGGACAUCACCAAGAUCAGAGAAUGUCUUCUUUGGGAAGAGGGGAGAACUGGCCUUGACUGUAACAGUCAGCAGGAAAGUGAGGAACAUUUCCAGGGUGUAGACAUGACCACCACUGUGGAGCCACAGACUGUGGGAGGGGACAGCCAGGCAACCUAUGCUUUCUGGUCUUGUUAUUUGUGCCCUGUGGCAUUCUCCUGUUUUGUCAUGGCCCAGCAACGCCGCAUGCAGGUGUUUCUAAGAAGUCUGAGCUUUUUUUUUUUUUUAAACAAUAAAGGUUAUUUUUUAAUAAGGAAGUUGUGUGCUCAAUACCCAGGAAACUGCUAGGAGACUAUUAUUCCCAUUCUUUCCCAGCUCCUAG